UAGAGAGACCCUGCGUCCUCCUUCCUGCGCCGCAAUUCGCCCGAGCGACUUCGCGCGACUCCUUUCGCUCCCUCCUCCUCCUCCGGAUUGCGGCGCGACGGCGGCCGUGAGCGCGCGGUGCUCCUCCUCCUCCUCCUCCACGCCCUCGCGCCCAGAUCCGGCCCCCAAUGGCGAGGAACCCGGCCUGCAGCGUCUACGUAGGCAACUUGGAUGAGAAGGUCCCUGAAAGAGUCUUGUAUGAGAUUCUUAUUCAGGCCGGUCAUGUAGUAGACCUACACAUACCAUGUGACAAAGAAACUGGGCGUCCCAAAGGUUUUGCUUUUGCUGAGUAUGAGACAGAGGCAGUUGCUCAGUAUGCUGUUAGACUUUUUUCAGGACUUGUUAGGCUUAAUGGUAAAACACUUAAAUUUGCGCUUUCCGGACAAGACAAGCCGUCAUCAAAUGGCAAUAAUCCAGUAAUGCCUAAACUCAACCCUAUACCAUUACCAAAGCAGCCUCAGUUUGUGCAUUCUAGUGAUACACUUGUGUCGCAUAAACCAGCAUAUCCGGUGGUAAAUGGUGGGAUUCCACAUAAUGGUUUUUCACAAGGCUAUCAUCCUUACAAUGUUCACCCUCAAGCAUUACCACCUCGACCUGUGCAUGGGCACCGAGAGUUUGUCCAUGGUACGUAUGGUUACAACAGUCAUGUAUAUGGUUCUGUUCUGAAUGCUAGCUAUGGAGGUUAUGUUGUGAAUGCUGUUGGUCAUGGAGCUAUGAGGCAACCAAUUAUUUACCCAUCCUACUAGGCAGUAGGCACCAAAGAGCGGGAGCGGGUAUACAAAGUAUGCAGGUUAAAUGUAGCUUCUUAGUUCCUUGAAUUCUCAGUAGCAUCUUGUUUGUACCCUUGCACUUCAUUUCCAUGCAUGUAUAUAGGGCUGGUAUAUCCGUUUUAUCAACAGUAAGUUGGCAACGGAAGGCUCUGCCCAGUACAUUGUACACCCUUUGUACUUGUCUAGAAGAUAGCCUGCUAGAUCUGUUCUCUUCCUUGGAAAAUAAAGAAAUGCAAUAGCGGGGGCUGUUGCACCCCUGCUGACUCACGUAUUAAUGAUCAUAUGCGUGGAUGAUUUGAGUUA